GUUUUGAUUUCAAUCAAAGUUUAAAACUCUAUUAACCCAGAACCAGAUCAUCCUCUCCCACCCAAAAAAGAGGAAAAAAAAAAAAUGGACGGAAAUCAAGAAGGUGCGUCAACCUCCGACGAUCUGAAGAACCCACUGCUACCAAUCCAAGAACCCACAGAGAGUUUAUCUCCAGACAUCCAUUGGUCUCUGAGAUCGAUUCUCACAACCAACAAUUUGUUCAUACUCUUAGGACCUCUUUCCUGUGCAGCCAUUAAAUUAUUCGUUGAGCUCGAUGGGGCCAAACCCGGCACUAGCAGAGACAUGCUUGCGGUUCUUGCUUGGAUUUUCCUAUGGUGGCUCACCGAAGCUGUACCCAUGCCAAUUACUUCCAUAUCUCCUCUCUUCCUUUUCCCACUCUUCGGAAUUGCUUCUGCCGAUGAUGUAGCACAGACUUACAUGGACGAUGUCAUCGCUCUCGUUCUCGGUAGCUUCAUUCUUGCUCUUGCCGUCGAACACUAUAACAUCCACCGACGACUCGCCUUAAAUAUAACGUUGCUGUUCUGCGGAGAUCCAUUGAAGCCAAAGCUAUUACUAUUGGGGAUUUGUGGUACAAGUGUAUUUGUAAGUAUGUGGAUGCACAAUGUUGCAGCGGCGGUGCUGAUGAUGCCGGUGGCGACUGGAAUUUUACAGAGACUUCCAACACAUUCAGGCAGAUCUGACGAUAUCAGUCGGUUUUGUAAAGCGGUGGUGCUCGGCGUUACCUAUUCGGUGGCAAUUGGAGGGAUGAGCACGUUGACUGGUACUGGUGUUAACCUCAUAUUGGUUGGAAUGUGGAAGAGUUACUUCCCUGAUGCAGAACCUAUCAGUUUCAGUACCUGGUUCUUCUUUGGAUUUCCUCUGGCUUUGAUCAUCUUCUUCGCUUUGUGGGUUAUACUCUGUUUCUUUUACUGUUCUUCUGGAUCUGGGAAUUCCCUUUCUUCUUAUUUGGACAAGAAUCAGCUGAGAGAGGAGCUUGAAGUGCUAGGUCCAAUGGUUUUUGCAGAGAAGACGAUAUUGGCUGUGUUUUCGAUGCUUAUAGUUUUGUGGAUGACAAGGAGCAUAACUGCUGACAUUCCAGGAUGGGGUGUUCUUUUCAAUGGACUAGCAGGUGAUGGAACUGCAAGUGUGAUGAUGGCAACUUUAUUGUUCAUUAUUCCUAACAAGAAGCAACAGGGAGAGAAGUUAAUGGACUGGAACAAAUGCAAGAAGAUCCCCUGGGGUAUGAUCUUGUUACUUGGUGCUGGUUUUGCCAUUGCCGAUGGCUUUCGGAAGAGUGGCCUUGCAGAUGUGUUAUCCAAAAGCUUAGAUUUCUUGGAAGAGGUUCCUUACCUUGCCAUUGCCCCUGCUGUGUGUCUCAUCAGUGGGACUAUCACUGAAUUCACAUCAAACAAUGCCACCACCACUCUUGUCAUUCCGAUCCUCAUCCAAUUAGCAAAGACAAUGAAGUUGCACCCACUUCUUCUUAUGGUUCCUGGAGCAAUUGGUGCCCAGUUUGCAUUCUUUCUCCCAACUGGUACACCUUCUAAUGCUGUAGGAUUUGCAACCAAGCACAUAGAGAUCAAAGAUAUGUUCAAGGUUGGGUUGCCACUUAAAAUAGCUGGAAUUGCUGCUCUAACCCUCAUAAUGCCUACACUAGGUGCCUUGGUCUUUGGGACAGAUAAACACAUACAACAGCUUCAGUAA